AUGAGUAAUUUAGACAGAGAAGCCAUUCUGUCAGUUUACAUCAUUUCCUUCCUGAUAGGCCUGCCAGCGAACCUCCUGGCUCUCUGCUCCUUUAGCAUGAGGAUCCAUUCCAAGCCACGGCCAGUAGACAUCCUGCUCCUCAAUCUGACUGUGUCUGACCUGCUCUUCUUGAUCAUCCUUCCUCUCAAGAUGCAUGAAGCAGCAUCGGACAUGCAGUGGACUCUGCCCUACUUCUUAUGCUCCAUCACCUCUUUUACCUUCUUCAGCACCAUCUACACCAGCACCCUACUUCUGACAGCAGUCAGUGUGGUUCGCUACAUUGGAGUAGCUUUCCCAAUCGCCUAUCAACAGCUGCGCAAACCUGUGUAUGCAAUAGUGAUCUCUGCUGGUAUCUGGCUAAUGUCAUCAGCACAAUGCAGCAUCACUAUUAUCAUCCAGCACUACCCAUCCCUGUCCAGUCAAAACUCAAGUUAUUGCUAUGAGAACUUCACAGACAAGCAGUUGGAGGUCCUCCUCCCAGUACGUUUCCAAAUGUUCUUUGUGCUCUGUCUUGCACCUCUUCUAAUUUGUGUUUACUGCUACUUGUGCUGCAUCUGGAUCCUGUACAAUCGCCCCAGGAUAUCCUGUAUGCUGAAGCAGAAGGCCAUUGGCAUGGCCUUAGGGACACUAGCUGUGUUUCUCAUUUGUGUGGUGCCAUACAACCUCUCUCAUGUAGUGGGCUACUUCCAGGGUAAAAGCCCAUCCUGGAGGUACUACGUCUUGCUGCUCAGCACCUUCAACACCUGUCUUGAUCCCAUCAUCUUCUACUUUUCCUCCUCCACCUUCCGCUGCACUGGAGAAAAGUCCAUUUUCAGGAAGUUUAGAGUCAAAGAUACAGAAAUACAACAACAGGUCACCAGCUCUAGCUAA